UUUCUGUCAGUCUGUCUGUCCUGUGUAGGUGUUUGAUUUAGAUGUCUGUGAUUUAGCGUUUUGGUAUUAUAACCCAGUGCUGUAUCUCUCCCUCCCUCUUUUCUCUCGUGUCCUGCGCUGCGCUCACACUCACGCAGAGCGUCUCAGUUCUCCACAUUCUCAUGACAUCCACCUUUAUCCAGCUCAUCCUGUCUUUUGUGCACUGAGGAAAGACUUUAAAAGCGAGGAAAGGAUACCGGGGUGUGUUCCAGGAUCUCAGGCAGCUUUUCUCGUGCAUCAGUGGAGUUUUUCUUUGCGCCUCCACAUGUGGAGAGACGCUGACGCCGAUGCGCUUCUGGAGACAUGCUGAUGCUGAAGCAGGGCUGUGAGUGAGCCAACAUCAGCAGAAAAGAAGUUAAGUGAGAGAAGAGGACAAGAAGAGAGAGAAAAAAGAGAGAGGGUGUUGGGGCCCACGCCAAAAGUUCAUUAACAAAACCAAUCGGACUUUUUUUUCUCAUCUGUAGUGGUGCCUCGCCAACCUUCAAAAUUUCGCCCAAAAGCAGACAGGAGGAUCGGCCGGUGCUGACGAGACUCGUCGGCAGGAAGCGGCUGAUCGCGGCUGGGGUGCUUGGUGUGGUCAUGGUCCUGGUGCUGGUGAUACUGAUCCCGGUUUUGGUGAGCUCUGCCGGGACAUCCGCCGCGCACUACGAGAUGCUCGGCACCUGCAGGAUGGUUUGCGAUCCUUAUGGUACCAAAUCCCCGACCAGCACGGUCUCAGCAGAAACAGUCCGGGACAGCAACCUUAUGCAGUCUUUACCAACUUUUAUACAAGGUCCGAAAGGUGAACCGGGACGCCCGGGGAAAGCGGGGCCGAGGGGGCCUCCCGGUGAACCCGGACCACCCGGACACCCUGGACCUCCUGGAGAGGUGGGACAACCGGGACGACCUGGAUUACCCGGGCAACCGGGACCAAAUAUGGCCACCGGUGCCAUCAGCGCGGCCACCUACAGCACCGUGCCCAAAAUCGCCUUUUACGCAGGGCUAAAAAAGCAGCACGAGGGCUACGAGCUGCUGAAGUUUGACGACGUGGUCACGAAUCUCGGGAAUCAUUACGACCCCACCACGGGAAAAUUCACCUGCUCCAUACCGGGAAUAUACUUCUUUACCUACCAUGUGCUCAUGCGAGGAGGAGACGGAACCAGCAUGUGGGCUGAUCUGUGUAAGAACAACCAGGUCCGUGCCAGUGCCAUCGCCCAGGACGCAGAUCAAAACUACGACUACGCCAGCAACAGCGCCGUUCUUCACCUGGAGCCCGGAGACGAAGUCUACAUCAAACUAGACGGGGGAAAAGCCCAUGGGGGAAACAACAACAAGUACAGCACCUUCUCUGGGUUUAUUAUAUACGCCGAUUAGGACAUGCGCACCUACUCCAGACGGUCUAUCCUGUCCCCCUCUGCUACUCCUCCUCUUCUUCUUCUUCUUCUUCUUUUUUUUUAGCAUAUUUUUCCUUUUGGCCCGGGGGCAAGCAGACAGACCUGCUCAAACACCCCUCAUCAUUAGUCUGUAGAUGUGGGUUUGAAGGCAGAACUCUUUGCCCUGCAAUCCAAAAAUCAAGAACCAAAAAGUAAAAAAGAAAGAAAAAAAAAGAAAAAGCCCGGAGAAAGAAGCACUUCAUCACAGAGGAAAGAUGUACGGAGGAGAAGGAGCUUCCGAGGAGAAGGAGGUUACUGUGUGUCUUUCUAUGUCUGUGGCCAUCAAAGAAGCCUGUGAGAUGUUUUAUAAUAUGUAACCUGACAUAAUCAGC